AUGAAGGAAAGUUAGUAGACAGCCCAUAGGGACCAGAUUUAAUGAAGGACAAAAGAGAGUGCUUAGGAUUUCUCAGGACUCAUGGAUCCAGACAUUGAGACCAACAGGACAACUGUGACUGAAUUUAUUCUUCUGGGCCUUGUGGAAACAGAAAAGCUUCAGUCUGUGGUGUUUGUCAUCUUCCUUUUUGCUUAUCUGGUCACAGUUGGAGGCAACCUCAGCAUCCUAGCAGCCAUUGUGGUAGAGCCCAAACUCCACACCCCCAUGUACUUCUUCCUGGGGAACCUGUCAGCUCUGGAUAUUGGAUGCAUCACUGUCACUGUUCCUGCAAUGUUGAGUCGUCUCCUGUCCCACAAACGUACAAUUUCCUAUGGAGCCUGCCUCUCUCAACUUUUCUUCUUCCACCUUCUGGUUGGGGUGGACUGCUUCCUAUUGACAGCCAUGGCCUAUGACCGAUUCCUGGCCAUCUGCCGGCCCCUCACCUACAGCACCCACAUGAGCCUGACAAUUCAGAGGAUACUGGUGGCUGCAUCCUGGGCUUGUGCCCUCUCCAAUGCGCUGACCCACACUAUUGCCUUAACUACCCUUGACUUCUGUGGUCCCAAUGAAUCCAACCACUUCUACUGUGACCUCCCACAGCUCUUCCCGCUGUCCUGCUCCAGCACCCAACUCAAUGAGCUGCUGCUCUUUGGUCUGGGUUUCAUAAUGGCAGGCUCACCUGUGGUUCUCAUCAUCACCUCCUAUGCCCAUGUGGCAGCUGCGGUUCUACGAAUCCGCUCAGCAGAGGGCCGGAAGAAGGCCUUCUCCACAUGUGGCUCCCACCUCACUGUGGUUUGCCUCUUCUAUGGGACCGGUAUCUUCAACUACAUGCGUCUGGGUUCAGAAGAGGCUUCGGACAAGGAUAAAGGGGUUGGAGUUUUCAACACAGUUAUCAACCCUAUGCUGAACCCAUUUAUCUACAGCCUUAGAAAUCCAGAUGUUCAAGGUGCCCUGUUGCGGGUAUUUGUGGGGCGGCGGCCUGCCGGGUAACCGGGUCCCUCCUUUUUGCCUUUUCUGGGUUGAGAAACAUUUCCCAUGAAGGCAUUAGCCUGAUUCCUGAAGUUUUGCGUGAUGUGUUUGUUCUGCAAAGAAACCCUAUGGAUUCUGUUCCUUUUUAUUGAUAGCUAUUGAAUUGUUUCUAUAUUCAGGUGCUUUUUAGGGCACUUGUGAA